UUAUCCCAAUAGAUUUUGAGAGCGCUUUCUCAUGAGCAAUUUAUCAUUACUCUCUUUUAUGAGGAAAGUUAAUUCCAAUAGCUUAAGUGGUUAUUCACCAAUUGAAGCAGUUUAAUGAUUUGCUUAUAUCAAAUUUUUUGGUCAUUGACAGGGCUUUUUAACUCCUAAGGUGUAGGGAUAUACUCUUAUCCCAAUUGACUCCUAGAGCUCUGCCUCACCAGAAAUUUAUCAUUACUCUUUUUUACGAGAAGAGUUGAUUCUAAUAGCCUGGAUAAUUGUUUCAGUCUACCAACUGAAAUAGUUUAAUGACAUACUUAGGUCAAAUGCCACUAGUCCACCACCCAUCCUACCUUUCACAUUUUAUUUCAUGAAAGGUUCAAAUUCAGGCUUCAGCCUUGCAUUUUAACAAGGCUGAUCCUUAGUACCUCAGUAGGCUUAAGCUCGAUCUAGGAUAAGCCUGGCUAUUCAAUCCCUAGAUCCAUUGAUGUGGGAGAUGUGAAGUAGUUUAAGAACAUGCUGAGGUCCAAUGCCACCACCCAUCUUUCGUUUCACAUUUUACCCCGUGAAAGGUACAAAUUCAGGGUUCAAGCCAUCAUUACAAUGAGGCUGACCCAUAGUCCUUCCGCAGGCAUAAACUCAAUCUGGGUAAGCCUGGCUAUGCAUCCCUCAGAUUCACUAACUCAGGAAACACAAAGAAAUUUACGGACAUGCUUAGAACAAGGUGUUUUGAGUUCAUGAUUUCAGAUAAUUUUUUUUAUUUGGAAUUGUGUUAAUUUAAGUCCCUUUACAGUUUACACUAACGUUGACUUACAUGUGGCAUAGCUGGAGAAAAAAAUUGCAAGAUAUGGUUCCCUUUUUACAGUUCGAACUGUUAAAGAGGACUUUUGGAUGAAAAGAGUCCUCAAUAUCAUAAGGUCAACCUUUAUUUAAGAGUUAAUUUAGUGCAAUUUAGAACAAGUAAGAAACGACACAACAGAAAUAUAGAGGUAGGUGUUUUUUAUUUAUUUUUAUUUUUAUUUUUAUUUUUUGUAAUGGUUCAUCACCACAGACAUGCAUUUUAUUGCUUCUUUUAUGGGAAAAUUUCUAACUUUACUGAUUUUAUGCUCUUUCCUCUAAAAAACACUUUCUAAUAUUGCUUAGUGCUAGUGCCCGUAAUUUAUUAAUGCUGUUGUUUUUGGUUGUUGAGUGACCCUACCAGUUGUAUGCAGAUUGGGAUAAUCUUGUUUUUAUUUUUUAAUAUUUGACACCUGAUAUUAUGUUAAACAGCUUUGAUAAAAUUGUUCAUAAAUGAUUAAUGGGAAUGUAGUAUUAUAUGUUCCAGAAAGAAUUUUGAUUCCUCAAGAUUAUAACAGUAGGCCUGUCCAGUAAAAUCCAAUUCAGUUA